AUGGUCAAACUUGCUGAGUUUUCUCGAACAGCCACGUUUGCGUGGUCACAUGAUAAAAUUCCAUUAUUGGUCUCUGGUACCGUAUCUGGUACGGUGGAUGCUAAUUUCUCCACUGAUUCAUCUCUAGAAUUGUGGUCAUUGUUGGCUGCUGAUUCGGAGAAGCCUAUUGCUUCCUUGCAAGUGGAUUCCAAAUUCAAUGAUUUGGAUUGGUCUCAUAAUAACAAGAUUAUUGCUGGUGCUCUGGAUAACGGUAGUUUGGAAUUGUACUCCACCAAUGAAGCAAACAACGCUAUCAACUCCAUGGCCAGAUUUAGCAACCAUUCUUCCUCUGUGAAGACGGUAAAGUUUAACGCAAAGCAAGACAACGUUCUUGCUUCGGGUGGUAACAACGGUGAAAUUUUUAUUUGGGACAUGAAUAAAUGCACUGAAUCGCCCUCCAAUUAUACUCCAUUGACACCGGGUCAAUCGAUGUCGUCCGUUGACGAGGUCAUUUCCCUAGCAUGGAACCAAUCUUUGGCCCAUGUUUUUGCAUCUGCCGGGUCGUCUAAUUUCGCAUCUAUUUGGGAUUUGAAGGCUAAGAAGGAAGUCAUUCAUCUAAGUUACACUUCACCUAAUUCAGGUAUCAAGCAACAGCUGUCCGUUGUUGAAUGGCACCCAAAAAACUCCACAAGAGUGGCAACGGCUACUGGUAGCGAUAAUGAUCCAUCUAUCCUGAUCUGGGAUUUAAGAAACGCCAACACACCAUUGCAGACUUUAAAUCAAGGCCAUCAAAAGGGUAUUUUGUCAUUAGAUUGGUGUCAUCAGGACGAACAUCUAUUAUUGUCCAGUGGUAGAGAUAAUACCGUUCUUCUAUGGAACCCUGAGUCAGCCGAACAACUGUCCCAAUUCCCAGCUCGUGGAAACUGGUGUUUUAAGACCAAAUUUGCACCAGAGGCUCCAGACCUAUUUGCUUGUGCCUCCUUUGAUAACAAAAUUGAGGUACAGACUUUGCAAAAUCUCACAAACACUUUGGAUGAGCAAGAAACCGAAACUAAGCAGCAAGAAUCUGAAACAGAUUUUUGGAAUAAUGUUUCCCGAGAGGAAUCAAAAGAGAAGCCAACUGUUUUCCAUUUACAAGCCCCAACUUGGUAUGGGGAACCAUCUCCCGCAGCUCAUUGGGCUUUCGGUGGUAAAUUGGUUCAAAUUACUCCAGAUGGUAAAGGUGUAUCUAUAACAAACCCAAAAAUUUCAGGCUUAGAAUCAAACACUACUUUGAGUGAAGCGUUGAAAACUAAGGAUUUCAAACCAUUAAUAAAUCAAAGACUGGUCAAAGUUAUUGAUGACGUUAAUGAAGAAGAUUGGAAUUUAUUGGAAAAGUUAUCAAUGGACGGUACUGAGGAGUUCUUGAAAGAGGCUCUUGCAUUCGACAACGAUGAAUCAGAUGCACAAGACGAUGCCAACAAUGAGAAAGAAGACGAUGGGGAAGAAUUCUUUCAACAAAUUGAAACCAAUUUCCAACCCGAGGGCGAUUUCUCCUUGUCUGGUAAUAUCGAACAAACUAUUUCCAAGAACUUGGUUUCUGGCAACAUUAAGAGCGCUGUGAAAAAUUCUCUAGAGAAUGACUUACUAAUGGAGGCCAUGGUGAUCGCAUUAGAUUCAAAUAACGAAAGAUUAAAGGAAAGUGUCAAGAAUGCCUAUUUUGCGAAGUAUGGAUCUAAAUCAUCGCUCUCGAGGAUACUAUACUCCAUUUCUAAGAGGGAAGUAGAUGAUUUGGUUGAAAAUUUGGAUGUCUCUCAGUGGAAGUUUAUCUCUAAAGCAAUUCAAAACUUAUAUCCAAAUGAUAUCGCCCAGAGGAAUGAAAUGUUGAUUAAAUUGGGAGACAGGUUAAAGGAAAAUGGUCAUAGACAAGAUUCUUUGACUUUGUACUUGGCUGCCGGAUCAUUAGAUAAGGUGGCUUCAAUUUGGUUAUCAGAAUUUCCAGAUUUGGAGGAUAAAUUGAAGAAAGAUAAUAAGACAAUUUAUGAAGCUCAUUCCGAAUGUCUAACUGAGUUCAUUGAAAGAUUCACCGUAUUUUCCAACUUCAUUAAUGGAAGCUCUACCAUUAAUAAUGAGCAAUUAAUUGCCAAAUUUUUGGAAUUUAUCAACUUAACUACUUCCACAGGAAAUUUCGAACUAGCCACUGAAUUCUUAAAUAGUUUACCAAGUGACAAUGAAGAGGUUAAAACAGAAAAGGCACGUGUCUUGAUUGCUUCCGGCAAAUCAUUACCGGCACAAAAUCCUGCGACAGCGACGACCAGCAAAGCCAAGUAUACAAACGCCAAGACAAAUAAGAACGUUCCUGUACUACCAACUCCUGGAAUGCCUUCUACUACUUCUAUUCCUAGUAUGCAGGCACCAUUUUAUGGUAUGACACCAGGCGCCUCUGCAAAUGCUCUACCUCCAAAGCCGUACGUUCCAGCAACCACCACUAGUGCUCCUGUUCAUACAGAAGGUAAAUAUGCGCCACCAAGCCAACCUUCGAUGGCGUCACCUUUUGUUAACAAAACAAAUAGCUCGACCAGAUUGAAUUCUUUUGCUCCUCCGCCUAACCCAUAUGCCACUGCAACAGUUCCUGCAACGAACGUAUCUACAACGUCGAUUCCGCAAAACACUUUUGCUCCUAUACAACCUGGUAUGCCUAUUAUGGGCGACUAUAAUGCUCAAUCUAGCUCUAUUCCUUCACAACCUCCAAUUAAUGCUGUAUCGGGUCAAACGCCACAUCUCAACCGUAAAGCCAAUGAUGGUUGGAAUGAUUUGCCUUUGAAGGUCAAAGAAAAACCAUCUCGUGCCAAGGCUGUAUCUGUUGCCCCUCCAAAUAUCCUAUCGACACCAACUCCAUUAAAUGGUAUCCCUGCAAAUGCUGCUAGUACCAUGCCUCCGCCACCUCUUUCCAGAGCUCCCUCUUCUGUGUCAAUGGUAUCACCACCUCCUCUACACAAAAAUUCUAGAGUCCCAUCCUUGGUUGCAACUUCUGAGUCACCAAGGGCAUCCAUAUCAAAUCCAUACGCUCCUCCUCAAUCAUCACAACAAUUCCCAAUAGGUACUAUUUCUACAGCAAACCAAACGUCAAACACCGCUCAGGUAGCUUCAUCGAACCCCUAUGCUCCACCACCACAACAAAGAGUAGCAACCCCAUUAUCUGGAGGCGUGCCUCCAGCUCCGUUGCCAAAGGCCUCUAAUCCAUAUGCUCCAACUGCAACCACUCAACCCAACGGUUCCUCCUAUCCUCCAACCGGUCCGUAUACUAAUAACCAUACCAUGACCUCUCCUCCUCCCGUUUUUAACAAACCUCCCACUGGCCCCCCUCCGAUUAGCAUGAAGAAGAGAAGCAACAAGUUAGCUAGUAUAGAACAAAACCCAUCUCAAGGUGCUACUUAUCCUCCAACCCUUUCCAGCUCGGCCUCUCCAUUGCAGCCUUCUCAACCGCCAACUUUGGCUUCUCAGGUUAAUACCUCCGCUGAGAAUGUCAGUCAUGAAAUUCCAGCUGAUCAACAACCCAUUGUCGACUUCUUGAAAGAAGAACUGGCUCGCGUAACACCAUUGACCCCAAAGGAGUACUCCAAACAAUUAAAGGAUUGUGAUAAACGAUUAAAGAUUCUUUUCUACCAUUUGGAAAAGCAGGAUUUAUUAACCCAACCAACAAUCGAUUGUUUACAUGACCUCGUCGCAUUAAUGAAGGAAAAGAAAUACAAAGAAGCUAUGGUCAUCCAUGCUAAUAUCGCUACAAACCAUGCUCAAGAGGGUGGUAACUGGCUGACAGGAGUGAAGAGGUUGAUUGGCAUAGCUGAAGCGACUUUGAAUUAA